AUGGAAGCAGCGCGCGAGCUCCCACCACGGCGCGCGUCUAAGCGGAGGCGGACGGAGACUGUCCGCUCGCAGCAAUCCAGCCAGACAGCGUCGGCAACUGCUACGCCCAGCACGUCAAGCACGCCGCUCAGUUCGCACCACGGCGAUCUCUCCCCCUCGCGCCGCCCUGCGAGCAAGACGCCGGCUCCACUCUCGCGCUUCCUCGCAUGGUGCAAGGCGCAAGGCAUCACGAUCGACCCCCGGCUCGACCUCCGGUAUCGGGGCGACGCUGUCUCGUGGAGCAUCUCGGUUCACGCCGGCGCGGCGAUCGACCUCGACGAAGUGGUCGCGACCAUCCCUAAGACGGCGGUGCUGUCCCGGAAGACAUCUGCACUCUCGCACGUGCUCAAGGGCAAGUGGCUGAGCGACUCGCACGAGACGGUCGGACUUGAACUCGCACUCUGCCUGCUGUACGAGCGGCUUCUGGGCGCCAAGUCGCGCUUCGCCCCGUUCAUCGACAUCCUCCCGCGCCUGCCCGUCCCCCUGCCCUUCCUCCGCGAUACGACCCGAUUUCGUGACUAUGGCGCGCCGCCGGAUCCAUGGAGAUUUAUCCGCAACACGGAGGCAGGCCGCAUCGAUGAGCGCGCGUCCCAGGUCUACAUGGCUGCCACGUCGGAAGGCGUCGAAUGGCCGUAUGACCACGAUUACGGCAUGUGCCGCCAAAAGGCGCUCGACUACUUUGAAAACAUCGGAAUCGAGGUGCUCAAGCGAAGCGGACUGUUCGAUGCGACGCAGCGUCAGCAUCUCGAGAUGCUCGAGACGCCGUUCCUGACUGCCUACACGCACGUGUCGUCGAGGGAUUUUAUUGUCGACACGUAUCACGGCGUCGGGCUCGUGCCUGUGGCGGACCUGUUCAACCACGCAGAGACGCAUACGGUGCAGUUCGAGUCCGAUCAGGACGUCUGCGAGAUAUGCGGUGAGGCCUUGCUCACGGGACACGAGGAGGAAGAGUGCAGGUCCGGCCUCCAGGACGAAGAGGCCGAGUCCGAGGACGAAGCGUCGUCGACUGACGAAAACGAGAUCAAACAAGAAGAGAGCGAGGAAGAGGACGAUUCACAGGAAGAAGAAGAGGAGGCGGUCAAAGAGGAGGAGGCCGAAGUCCAAGUAGGGCCCGAUGCAGAAGCUGGUGCAGACGAGGAUGAGGACGCCGCUAGCGACGACGGAGGCGACUACGUGGACACGCUCGACAUGCGCACACUUACCCCGCACGCAUGCGGCGACGAGAUGUUCAACACGUACGGGACUCUGCCCAACGCGCUGCUGCUCACGCGCUACGGCUUCUGCCUCGACACCGAGACCGACGUGGAGCGGUAUACGCUCGAUCUGCGCUUCACCUCCGAGCGGAAGUACUUUUUGGAAGCGUUCAACUCGCGCCACACGAACAGCUAUUGGGCCAGCAACAACCUGGACCAUGAGCUUCGGAUCAUUGCAUCCGAGCAUUCUUCUGCGGACGGGAUUGACGGAUUGUACCAGCUGGACACGCUGCUUCCCGACGGCGAGUGGGACGCGAUUCUGGCUCCGCUGCACCGCGCAGCGGAGGGUGUGGAUGAAGACCUUGUGGACCGCGAUGAGGUGCAUCCGCUCUUUAUCGACAGCACGGGCCGCACAAGUCGGCCGCUCUUUACGCUCGUCUUGCUCGUCCAUCUGGGCCGUCGCUCUCGACUCGUCGAUCUGGCCAACGUGACGCUGAGCAGCAUGUUCGUAGCCGUGCGGCGCACUGUCGAGACGCUGCGCAGCUUGGUCAAGUCGUGGCGCUACUCAUUGAAGUUCGACUGGCCGCGCGAGGGUGUGCUCGACCUCGUCGCACCCAACUCGGAUGCACCGUACGAGACGCAAGCAUCGGUGCACCAUGCGGUGCAGGAGCACGCGGCGCUGUGUGCGGCGAUUUCGUCGUACAACGAGUUCCUCACCGCCAUCGCCCCGAGCAAGCCGGCGUACCAGUGA